AUGGCAUUCUCUCCAGUGAUUGGAUCCUUUGUCGCUGCGGACUAUGCUGUCUUUGCUCUGAUGCUGCUGGUGUCUGCAGCCAUCGGGGUGUACUAUGCCAUCGUCGGAAGGGGCCAGAGCAGCUCCAGAGAGUUUCUGAUGGGGGGCCAGAGUAUGACAGCCGUACCUGUGGCUCUGUCCCUGACUGCCAGCUUCAUGUCGGCUAUCACAGUGCUGGCCACCCCAGCCGAGGUGUACCGAUACGGGGCAAGCUACGGCCUCUUCAGCCUCUCCUAUGUGCUGGUGGUGGUGGUCAGCUCAGAGGUCUUCCUCCCUGUCUUCUACAGGCUGGGCAUCACAAGUACCUAUGAGUAUCUGGAGAUCCGGUUCAACAGAGCCACCCGUCUGUUAGGGACAGUGAUGUUCAUUGUUCAGACUAUGCUCUACACGGGAAUAGUCAUUUAUGCUCCAGCUCUGGCAUUAAACCAAGCGACUGGGAUGGAUCUCUGGGGUGCUGUCAUUUCAACGGGAGUGGUUUGCACCUUUUACUGCGCUAUGGGCGGUCUGAAGGCGGUGGUGUGGACGGACGUGUUCCAGGUGGGCAUCAUGGUGGCAGGCUUCCUGUCUGUCAUCAUCAGAGCCGUGUUCCUGCAGGGAGGAGUCUCCAACAUCCUCAACCACGCAGAGCUCGGAGGACGACUCAACUUCUGGGACUUUGAUGCUAGUCCACUGAGGAGGUACACCUUCUGGACAAUCACAUUAGGAGGCACGUUUGUUUGGACCAGUAUCUAUGGGAUCAACCAAGCCCAGGUGCAGAGAUACAUCUCUUGCAAAUCCAUGACUCACGCCAAAAUGUCUCUCUACAUUAACCUAUUAGGAUUGUGGAUCAUCAUGCUGUGUUCUGUGUUUGCGGGGCUGUGUUUGUACUCCGUCUACAAGCACUGUGACCCCUGGACAGCAGGCAUGGUGUCUGCUCCAGAUCAGCUGAUGCCAUAUAUGGUGAUGGACAUCCUGAGAGUCUACCCUGGACUGCCAGGAUUGUUUGUGGCUGCAGCCUACAGUGGGACCCUAAGUACGGUAUCGUCCAGUGUCAAUGCUCUGGCUGCAGUGACUAUUGAAGACCUGAUCAAGCCGUACACUCACAUGACAGAGAAACACCUGUCCUGGACCUCUAAAGGCCUCAGCUUUCUGUAUGGGGCUCUCUGUAUUGGAAUGGCUGGCAUAGCCUCACUCAUGGGAAGUCUGCUGCAGGCAGCUAUCAAUAUCUUUGGGAUCAUCGGAGGGCCUUUACUGGGUCUCUUCUCGCUGGGGAUCCUCUGUCCAUACGCCAAUGCCACAGGGGGCUUGGCUGGUCUGCUCUCUGGGCUGGUUAUGUCUCUGUGGGUGGGGAUAGGGGCCCAGUUUUACCCUCCUCUACCAGAGCAGAGCAGGCCUCUGGGUCUGACCACACAUGGCUGUAACUUCACAACCGCAGCCGAUGCGUUCAACUGGACCACAUCCCCAACAAAACCAAGCCUAUACACCACAGUACUACAGCAAAAUACAGCAGAGAGACCCUUCCUGGCUGAUAACUGGUACUCCCUGUCCUAUCUCUACUUCAGUCCUAUUGGGACACUUACAACACUGGCUGUUGGACUGGUGGUCAGUCUACUUUCAGGGGGUAUGAAGUUGAAUUUGGAACCAACUGUGACUUUGAUGAAAGAAGAUACAGUGUUAUUUUGCUUUUACAAGCUCUUUAAAGAAAGGUGUCGCUAUUUUUCACGUGACUCAUGA